GCCUUCGUUGCUGGCCGGUGUUCAUUCGUCACAUAGCUCAGUGAAACGCCGUUAUGUGACGCGAGUGAACGUGUGUCGUUAUAACUAGUUGGUUAUUUAUUUUUAGUACAACUAGUUUGUUAUUUUAGUUGUAGAUUGUGUAGGAAAAAAUGUCAAGCCAAAUAUACUUCCGGAUGGCGGGGUACGUGAUCACUUUAGUGAUGCAUAUAACAAAUUUGAUUGCGAUGCGCAUCACCAUCAAAGGUGCAAACAUCACGCAAGGGACCCUGGAGGACAUUGGCAUCCGGACUUUCAAAAGCAUGGAGUAUCGAUAUUUGACCACCUGGAAUGUUGUGAAUCAAAUAAAUUACGCGAUUUUGGGACUUGUCUGUGAUAUAUUAACUAUUAAGAACAGAAAAAAGAAGAAUUACAAAUUACCUCCACUUUUACGGUCUACGAGAGACAUUAUAUUUGAUGGAAUUGUCCUUCCCAAUACUUUCGUGGUGUCCUCACUAUUCUGGACCUUAUUCUUGUACGAUAGAAGUCUAGUUUACCCUGAAUUCAUAGACUUGAUAGUCACUAAGGCCUCAAACCAUGUGAUACACACGGCGAUCGUGCCUGUAGUAUCAUGGGAGAUGAUGUUCCGGCCUAGGAAAGAACCGAAAUCCCAUUUAAGGAAUAUUUCGUUGUUAACAUUAUAUAUGAUUCUUUACUGUUUUGUAUUGCAUUUCACUCACUACCAGAAGGGAGUGUGGCUGUACCCUAUAUUAGACGUUUUACAGGGAGUGCACUUCAUACUGUUUCAUUUAUGUGUUGCUGCUAUGGGCUACUUCUAUUAUUUCGCGCAAUGGAAACUGAACAAGAUUAUACAUCGAGAAAGUAAUACGAAGAAAAUUAAAUAAUUUAUUGGACAGUAUUAGUGACUGUAAUUAUUCAUAAAAAAAGUGUAGGUAUGUCAUACUCUAACAAAUCAAAGGCGAAAUGUGUUUGGUUCGUACACAUACAUUUGAAAUGAAAGUGUUAUAUGAAAGCGUUGACGCAUGUCAACAAAAUAUUAUACCGCCUUCAAAAACCACUAAAAACCAAACAAUAAUGUAACAUUACGAGUCGGUGCCUAAAAAAAAUUGUCGAAUUGAGAACCUCCUUUUUUGAAGUGGUUUAAAAAAGACAGCGAUUGUUUAUCAUUUUUAUUUCUUUAUUUAAUGAUCUUGGUCGUAUUUAUAUGACCAUGUCGCUCCGUAGCCUUCACCGAUGUUCUCACUUUUCAUGAUUUCAAAAUAUAAAAAAAAAACCCUAGUCUAUUCUGACGCUGGAACCGACAACAAAAACAAUUUAUCAUUUACGUGUAGUAUAUGCAAUCGUCCCAAUUGAGAAAAUUUCAGAUCUUCAGUUUGCGCGCCCUAAUGGCAUAUCUGGCUUUUUAUCAUAAUCUAUAACAUCAUCGGGGCACUCCUCGAAAAGGAAGAAGAUUAAAAGCAAGGUGUUGGUGGAUUAAGUUUUCUAAAUCGAGAGUUUAUUUAUUUGUACAUAGAGUGGAAAUACGUAAUAAAUGGGUAAUGAAAGUA